AGAAGAGAAGUGCUACCUAGCCUUUGUUCUUCCUCUGCACGGUUUGCUACACCGCCUUCAAGUUGCACAAAACAAUCGCUUUCUCUCAUUGCUCGAUGUAACAUUAUGGAUGAAGAAUUGGCUGAUGGGGCAACUCAGUUAGAGAUUGCUGAGAAUUCACAGCGCCAGAACAAGGAGGAUGACGAGUAUUCCCCUAACACAGAACGCCGAAAAAUCUUUAAAUCCCAAGAAUUCCUACUUCCUGUUAAGCAGGACUACUCCCAGAUACCACCUCGAGAAUAUGAUGACAUUCUGCAAGGUAAAAAUGUAGUCGAAGUUAUCAACCAUGCAGCUCCAUCACAACCCCCUCAUGUAAACCAUUUUAUUGAUGAUGCUAAUGUCAUGGUUGAAGAAUUAACAGUGAAAAGUUACAAUGGCUCAAGUUUGGAUAUUGGUACAUCAAUCAACCGAGAGCAAAUGUAUAAUAGGCAGAACCAUUGGCAGAAUCUGUAUCAACUAGCUAGUAAUUCAGGAAUCGGAAAUUCACUAAGUGAUAUUGGAAAUAGAAACAGUGUACAGGCUACAUCUAGUGCAUGGGAGGAUAUUGGAUCCACAUCUUUCCCAGAAAUAUUAGCUAGAAAAUCUCUUAGUGAUGGCCAGAGUAAUGUCAUAGAACACUUGACAGCUGCUGAAAAUAAAGAGGGCGCAGAUGAUGUUCAUCCAGGAAUACGGACAAAAAUUAUAUCCAAAUCAGGAUUUGCUGAGUUUUUCAUUAAAAAUACAUUAAAGGGCAAGGGAAUUGUUUAUAAAGGUCCAGCUUUUGAUGGCUUCUGUGCUCAGUCUAGAGAGCAAACCCAGAUAAAGACUGGAAUUGAAGCGGAACAAAAUCAGAUGAAGACUGGCGUUGGCAUAGAUCAGAAUCAAGUGAAGAACGAAAUUGGUAAUGAUCAGACUCAGAUGAAGAAUGGUGUCAGUACUCACUUGAACUCUAGUGUAUCAGGGAGCUUUGGUUCCAAAAUUGCAAAGUUUCCUUCUUAUUGUGGUGCUAUGCCUAGAUCUGGCAGGUCUGAAUGUGAUGGUGUGACUUUGAGGGAAUGGCUGAAAUCUGGGCACCACAAAGCAAGCAAAGUGGAAAGUUUGAAUAUAUUUAGGAAGAUUGUGGAUUUGGUGGAUGGCUCUCACUCUAAGGGAGUUGCUUUGCAUAACCUGUGUCCAUCUUAUAUUAAAUUGUUGUCAUCAAACCAGGUCAUGUAUGUUGGUUUUCCUAUUCUAAAACAGAUGGUGGAUGGUGUUGUAAAUUCUGAAGUUCUUCACUCAGAUAAUCCUUUUAUUAGAAAAAGGCUGUCAGAACAAGUUUCAUUUCCCUCUCUUGAAAUGGGGUCAAAGAAGCAAAAAAUUAAUGAAAAUUCAACAGUUGCUGGCAGUGACUUGUGUCUUGAAACUGCUAGCGAUAGGAAUCUUCAUAGUCAUACAGUUGGAGUGCAAGAUUAUUGUAAUGAAUAUGAGGAAGAUACCCAAUUUUCUAAAUAUAACAUUGGUAGAAUGUCCAGCAUCCCUCGUGUAUCUAAUGCAUGUCAAAAGCCAGUGACUUCUUUAUGUGAAAGAUUGGAAAAUAAAUGGUAUGCGAGUCCUGAGGGAGGUUGCACAACAUCAUCAAAUAUCUACUGCCUUGGUGUCCUCCUUUUCGAGCUACUUGGCCAUUUUGACUCUGAAAGAGCACAUAUUGCAGCAAUGUCAGAUCUUCGUCAUAGGAUUCUUCCUCCAGUUUUCCUAUCAGAAAAUCCCAAGGAAGCAGGCUUUUGUCUUUGGCUGCUGCAUCCUGAACCAUCAUCACGCCCACCAACAAGGGAAAUCCUACAAUCUGAGGUGAUUAAUGGAUUGCAAGAUUUGUAUAGUGAGGAAUUAUCAUCAAGUAUUGACCAAGAAGAUGCAGAAUCAGAAUUGUUAUUGCAUUUCCUUGUCUCAUUAAAAGAGCAGAAGCAGAACAAUGCCUUCAAAUUGGUAGAAGAAAUCAAGUGCUUGGAAUCGGAUAUAGACGAGGUGGAGAAGAGGCAUGGUUCAAGGAAAUCCUUGGUUUCCUCUGCCUUGCAGAGUGAUUACUCUUGUCAGAAAGAUAUUUUGCCUCUUAAAAAGGAACUUUUGAGUUUGGAAAUCUUGCCCUCAAUAUCCCCUACCUCUAAUUCCAAUGAAGUGAGACUGAUGAGAAAUAUAUGUCAUCUUGAAAGAGCUUAUUUUUACAUGAGAUCCAAAGUUCAGCUUUCCGAAACAGAUGCUGAGACUCACCCAGAUAAAGAUAUACUAAGAAAUCGUGAGAACUGGUAUGCGGCUCAAAAAGGCGAGGAACAACCUAAAAGGAAAGAUACUUUAGGAAUAUUCUUUGAUGGUUUGUGCAAGUAUGCACGUUAUAGCAAGUUUGAAGUGCGUGGUGUACUAAGAAAUGCUGAUUUUAACAAUCCUGCAAAUGUAAUUUGCUCUCUUAGCUUUGAUCGGGAUGAAGAUUACUUUGCUUCUGCUGGCAUAUCCAAGAAAAUAAAAAUAUUUGAGUUUAGUGCACUUUGCAAUGACUCUGUUGAUAUCCAUUAUCCAGUAGUUGAGAUGUCAAACAGAUCAAAACUCAGCUGUGUUUGCUGGAAUAACUAUAUUAAGAACUAUCUUGCCUCUACAGACUAUGACGGUAUAGUGAAGUUAUGGGAUGCUAGUACAGGUCAAGAAUUUUCUCAAUUCACUGAACAUGAAAAGAGGGCUUGGUCUGUUGACUUCUCUGUAGUAUGCCCUACAAAAUUUGCCAGUGGAAGUGAUGAUUGUACUGUCAAGCUGUGGAGUAUCAGUGAGAGGAACUGUUUAGGCACAAUCAGGAAUGUUGCUAAUGUCUGCUGUGUUCAAUUCUCUGCUCAUUCCUCCCACUUGCUGGCGUUUGGAUCUGCGGAUUACUCAACAUAUUGUUAUGAUCUUCGCAAUCUUAGAAGUCCCUGGUGUGUACUGGCUGGCCAUCGUAAAGCUGUAAGCUAUGUCAAAUUCUUAGACUCUGAAACACUUGUUUCUGCUUCUACUGAUAAUACAUUGAAGAUCUGGGAUCUCAAUAAAACCUCUCCUCUGGGUGCAUCCCCUAGUGCUUGCAGCCUAACCCUGUCAGGACAUACAAAUGAGAAGAAUUUUGUGGGUUUGUCAGUGGCUGAUGGAUACAUUGCAUGUGGUUCAGAAACAAAUGAGGUUUACACCUAUUAUAGAUCACUUCCAAUGCCAAUCACUUCACAGAAAUUUGGAUCCGUUGAUCCCAUUUCUGGUAGAGAGACCGAUGAUGACAAUGGUCAGUUUGUUUCAAGUGUGUGCUGGAGAGGGAAAUCAGACAUGCUUAUUGCGGCCAAUUCAAGUGGAUGUGUAAAAGUGUUACAGAUGGUUUAAAAGGAAAGUUUGCCCUUGAUGAUGGUUAUUUUUACAAUUUUGCGAAUUCCUGCAGUUUUGCUCGUCACUCGGGCAGUCAGGCCAAAUCCCAUCAAACUGUUGGGAUCGUAUAAAAAAUUCUUUCGACAUUGAGCUCUAGUUUAUAAUUCAAAGUAGAAAGACUCGAGUUUCGGGCAUAAUUGAAUGAAGAAAAAUAGAUUUAUAAAAUAAAUCCAGAUCUUUUUGAAGGUUGGAUUCAUCAUGAUGUGCCAGCUUGGACUUCAAACCAGAAUUUCUUAUUCAGAAAAGGCUUGUUAUUCCUCAGUUUCCCUGAGAUCAAUCUGAGAAGGAGAUUGAAUAUAGGAAAAAGGUCAAGACUUUGGAAUCGGAACGGCAGGUGCUAAGUUGCUUCUAAGCAUGACAAAGUACCCCGUAGCCGUGCAAAGCUAGUAUGAUACUUUGUAAAUUGUAUUGCGGUCCUUAUCAAGUUUUUUAUUUAUUUAUAAAGGACUAGCAAUUAUCAGGUUAUAGGAAAAAUUAUUGUUAUCAAAAGAUAAAGCAAACUUCAUUACCAUGAGAGGAUAGCAUAUAGCUUCAAUUGGAAACAACCCUCACCUUUCUUUGUUUCUCGGUGGCGCUCUCCACCGACAAUGGACCUUGUAUAUAUCCCCUAGUACAUUAUGUAGACGAUAUUGGUUUUAGGUUGCUGUCCCUUGCGCAAGGCUAUAUGUAUUCGUUGUUAACAUAAUUUAUUUUACUUUAGCAAACAUAAAUGUUUUAUUAUAUGAUUUGAGAAUGACGUCGAGCAUUUUUAUGGUGACAAUCAAGGGCAGGUGAUCAGCGCUCGCCUAUUGAUCUCCAAAUUAACUGAAGAAUUUGUGAAUAUAUUAAUGUUCCCUUCCUUUCUUUU